UCCAACUAGGGUCCAUGCAGAUAGCAAAGGCACUAUGAAGAAACAAAUGGCCGCCUCUGCGUCAUUCCUUGUGUUGCUGGUUAGCGUCCCGGUGGUGUGGUGUUGGCUUGGUAUAAUAACGGUGACACCGGACCCUGCAGUAGUGGACGAGACCGCAGGCUCUAUCGUUCUUACUGUUACCAAAACUGUGUUGCCUGUUAUCGACACUUGGGAUUUCACUUAUUCAACGGCUGACGACACAGCAAGUGGAUCCGACUACACACCAGUCUUUGAGACGUUACGGCAAGUUCCAUUUGACCAAAAGACCACUACCAUUACGAUCGCCAUUUUGGAUGAUACGGAUCUCGACCCUGGAGAGACGUUCCUGGUCCAACUAACAGGCUUCAUACUGGGUGAACCUGACAUGAAUGUGACAGUCACCAUCAUCGACGAUGAACGUCCACCGGUACAGUUGAAGCAGCCUGCUGACAUUGCAAUCAAGGAGAACGCUUCCAACAACGUAACUCUGACACUUGAAAGGAACGACACCUCCACCCACAGCUUCACACUCCAGUUGCACAUCAUCGCUGGUACUGCCGAUGCCGGGACGGACUUUGCACAUUUCGGACUGUGGUUAAAUAUCACAUUUGCUGAAAACGUAAUGAGCGUAACAACUACACUGGCCUCUGUCAUCAGUGACUUGCUGGCGGAACCCAAAGAAGUGUUUACCAUUUUCAUCACCGGCGCAGAGAUCACCAACAACAUCACUGUGGCCGUCACCAUCAGCGACAGCGAUGCUCCAGAUUCCUUCCACUGUGGUAGGGGUAAGAGUCAACCCUGCCUCAACAAUGGCACCUGCAACAACGACGGCUGCCUCCCAUACACUGGCUUCUGCAACUGUACUUCUGGUUUCGAGGGAGUAAACUGUGGAAUUGAAACGUCGACGAAAACCACGAAGUGCAGUCCAGCGUGUGUGAAUGGAACAUGUGUGGACGGCACGUGCAUCUGUGAUCCAGGUUUUGCAGGGGACAUUUGCGAUAAACCUGCAUAUUUUCACCAGUGCAAUCCUGCUAACUUCAGUGUCUGUAUCACGCCUUUAUCCGUAAACACUUUUGGCGGGGAUAUAUAUGUACACAACUUCAAGAAGGUCUCCGCAUGCAGCUUAAUUCUUGCUCCGCCGGUAGCGGACCCAAGCGACGGCAUCGUGGAUUGGUGCAAGGGCUAUGCCGCCGUCAUACCCUACAACGGCACCUGCGGUGAACUCGGACCGUCCUUUAGUGGCAACGUGACCUCCUAUGUACUCCAGUUGUUUGUGCAAUACACCAGAGAUGUCAGGCAGUGCACUGAUGAGAAGGUCACCUUCACCUGUGAGUUUAACAACAACUCCCUCGAGGUCAACUACAACAUCGGCGUUGAAGGCCAGUCGGCCAGCAACGAUGUCACGUCUUUCCAGGGUGGGACGAGCAAACUUGUCCCCGCCAAUAUGGACGCCACAGCCAAAGAUGGAAAUCCACUCCCUUCCAUUCUAGCAUUGGGAACUGAUGUCAAAAUAACCUUGUCCGUUCAAAAUGUACCUGGACAGGAUGGUAUCAUCAUCCACUCCAUCACCGUCCAGAACAACAGAGCAGGGUUGGACAAGAGAUCUCUUUCUCUGUACAAUUAUGGGUGCGCCCCUCAAGUUUACAAGGCCAUCCUCAUCGAGCCCCCCUACUUCUCCCCAGCCGGACAGAAACACACAAUCUGCUUCAUCCUGAGGCUUUUUGUGUUUGAACAUGACAUGAGUCUGUCCAACCCUGUUCUGGUCCUAAAAGUCCGAUUUAGAGUCUUCAGUAAUGCAGCUUCAACUGUUAUGCCGGUGUGUAGCGGCCGAAGGAAACGACAGGCUGAAGAAGGAGAUCUCACCUUGUCAAGAACUUUCAAAGUCACUAUUGAAGAAAAUGGCGUCCAAGCAGGUAAUUCUAUGCAAUGUAACUGAGAACUCCAACCUUGAACAGAGCAUCACGCCCACUUCAACUAACUCCCCAAUAUUCAUUGGAAUCAGUGAGUACAAUACUAACAACCGUACAAUUAAUAAACAAGUGUUUAUAUCGAUUGUCAGCGUGGCCCAUAGAGCUGACUGCUGCCUUGAACAACACCACUAUAUGCUUCACAAUCUUCUCGGAUGUAGAAACCAACAUGUCUGUUGACUCCUUAAUUAUCUUUUUAAAACUCUUUAAAAGGACCUAGUCGAACCAAACGUUUUGUCGUUUCCUUUAGCCGUCUCAUUUUGUAAGUUCACUUUUGAAUGAAAUACUCUAACAAAUUACU